AUGAAACCCGGCGAGGUGGAUAUGCGCAUCCUCGCGUCUCUUCUCGAGACAGCAUUAGCAACAACAGCGGCGUCACCAGCCACGUCGCCCACGGCAAUACUGCAGGUACCGCCAGCCACGUUGCCGGACACUGGAGGAGAGCCAGCAGAAGCCACAAGAGAAAGGGCGUCUCCACCUGCGUCACUACCCGCAGUACCAGUUGAACGACCAGCUGCACCACAAGUGGUUGCACCAGCCGCGUCACCAGCCACAACAGGAGUGGCCAAGGAGGCCACAACACAACUGGAGUCUCCAGCCAUAUUGCCAUCCACAACACAACUUGAACCAGCAGCUGCUACACACAUGGCAUCUCCCGCCACGUCCCCAUCUACAACACAUGUCUCAUCUGACGUGACACAGGUGACGUCGGCACCUACAAUUGAAGUGGCAUUGCCAACCACAACAAGACCAAUUGUUCGAGCCUCAUCACCAAGCAAAACAGAAGUUGCGUCACCAGCAGCCUAUCUAACCACAAAAUGUGUAGCCUCAUUACCUUUAGACCAGUUGGUGUCCAAAGCACCGCCAUCAGCCUCCACACAAAUAUCAUCUGCCAUCGCCAUUGCCUGCUACGGCGUGCAUCCUAUCACCAGUCCUGUUGCCAGAUACAACACCCGUCAAGGCAACAAACCUGUUUCCAGAUACAGCACACUCUGUGUCACCAGUCCUGCUGUUGGAUACAGCACACAUCUUGUCACCAAUCCUGCUGCCAGAUUCAGCACACGCUGUGUCACCAGUCCUGCUGCCCGAUUUAGCACACGCUGUGUCACCAGUCCUGCUGCCCGAUUCAGCACACGCAGUGUCACCAGCCCUGCUGCCGGAUUCAGCACACACAGUGUCACCAGUCCUGCUGCCGGAUUCAGCACACGCUGUGUCACCAGUCCUGCUGCCCGAUUCCGCAUACACAGUGUCACCAGUCCUGCUGCCCGAUUCAGCACACACUGUGCAACCAGUCCUGCUGCCAGAUUCAGCACACGCAGUGUCACCAGUCCUGCUGCCGGAUUCAGCACACGCAGUGUCACCAGUCCUGCUGCCGGAUUCAACACACGCUGUGUCACCAGUCCUGCUGUCAGAUUCAGCACACACAGUGUCACCAGUCCCGCUGCCCGAUUCAGCACACGCAGUGUCUCCAGUCCUGCUGCCGGAUUCAGCACACACAGUGUCACCAGUCCUGCUGCCGGAUUCAGCACAUGCUGUGUCACCAGUCCUGCUGCCGGAUUCAGCACACGCUGUGUCACCAGUCCUGCUGCCAGAUUCAGCACACGCAGUGUCACCAGUCCUGCUGCCAGAUUCAACAUGCGUUCUGUCACCAGUCCUGCUGCCAGCUACAACAUGAUUCGCAUUGCAAGAUUCUGA